AUGGAGAAUCAACCCCAACGAACCAGCCGAGAACACACGGGUCGCGACAAGGCAAGAUUGAUCCAGCUCCUUCGUCCCUUCCUGAAGAAUGACAAGCUUCAGCGUGUCUCGUACAAUUGGCGCAAGUUCCGCGACACUGAAUCCACAACGUCCAACGAGGUCGGCAAGGUUGGGCCUAAGCCAACGUACUCCAAACAACUCGUCCAGCAACUAGUUGAGGACGUACACGUCGAUCCGCGCUCCACCCUCCGUGACGUCGCCGCUGGCUCGGGCCUCACGAUGGGAACCCUCAGUCGUCACCUCAAGAACGGAACGCUGAACGCAUCGCAUUACAACCUAUGGGAUGUUGUCCAUUUGGACGAGAAAUGGUUCAACGCCGACAAGGAUCGACGGAAGGUGUACCUGGUUCCUGGCGAGAAGCCCCCACGAUGUGCCUGGAAUACCAAGCGGUUUGUCCCCAAAGUGAUGUUCCUGGCGGCUGUCGCACGCCCACGCUACGACGAGGUCCGCGGCGUCUUCUUCAAUGGCAAGGUUGUCAUGUGGCCGUUUGUUCGUCUGGUGAUCCCUGCCAUCAAGGCCUCGUUGCCCAGUGCAAACAAGCGUGUGGUACUGCAGCAUGACAAUGCGACACCACAUGGUGCCAUCACGGAUUCAGCGCUGGCGGCCGUGUCGACGGACGGUUGGACGUUCGUGAUGCGUCGGCAGCCACCAAACAGCCCUGAUCUGAACGUUUUGGAUCUAGGCUUUUUUGCCUCGAUUCAGAGCCUACAGUACAAGAAGAUGAGCCGCUCUGUGGAUGACGUGGUCCGUCACACCAUGUAG